UGUGAAAGGGAGGCGCGCGCAGGAGGGGUUGUGGUAGUGGCGGUCUUGUCGUAGGCUGCGCGCGGCCAUGAAAUGAGGCCUCGCGCCUCUCCUUCUCCGGGUUAGAGCCCGCGCGCCAGAGCCCUCCUUCCGCCGAGAUGUGGUUCGCGGGGUGGCUCCUGGCGCUGGGGCUCCUCUCUCGAAGCGGCAGCAGCAGCGCCGACGCCUCCGAAUCAGGCCUUCUUGAGUUUUCUUUGGGCAAAUUUAAGAAUGUAUUGCUGAAUGAAACCAUUCCAGCUGAAGCCGUGUUGAAGAAUAUUUCCAGCAAUGUGACUGUCAUAAUAUUUCAGAUCCAUACCCACCAUCAGAAUGUGACCAUUUCUUUCGACAAGAAAUCUUCCAUAACUAACUCAGGAACUGGACCAGAUAUAGGACUGGUAUCUAUCCUUCAACCUCAACAGACUGUGUGUACAUGGUAUUUGCAAGCUGUGAAUGCUAAUUCUGUGUUGAGUACAGCUGUCCCUUACUCUUAUACUGAAAGAGACCCCAUCCCUGGAGGCUGCAACCUGGAAUUUAAUUUGGACGUUGACCCCAAUAUUUAUUUAGAGUAUAAUAUGGCUGAGACAAACAUUAAAUUUGCCCCAGCAAAUUUGGGACAUGGAAGAGAUGCAAAACCCCCAUUGUGUGAUUCUGUGACCAAUCGGGAGUCUCGGUCGCGGCUACGCUAUGAUGUCUACCAGUACUUCCUACCAGAAAAUGAUUUGUCAGAAACUGCAUUUGUGAGUCACAUGAGGAAGAUGUCUCAAGUGCAAAAUAUCAAAGCUAAUGGUGUUAAAUUGAUGACCUUAACUAGCCAAGACAAAACUGACUUGCACUUCUCAUCCCUCCCUGGACAAGGAGUGAUCUACAAUGUCAUUGUGACAGAUCCACAGUGGAACACCUCAGCUGCCUAUGUACCAGUUCAUACAUAUGCAUGCAGCCAUUCUGCCUUGGUGGAUAGUUGCUUCACUCUCAGAAAACUUUCUACCAAAAUAUUUUUCACUGCACUUGCCAUCCUUGGCUUUUUUGUCUGUUUCUUUGGACACAGAUUCUGGAAAACAGGUUUAUUCUUCAUGGGUUUUAUUGUCUCAGCUUUCUGUUUCUUCAUAGCCAUUACUAGAACAGCAGCUCUUAAUUAUGAUGUCAAUCUUGGCCUUACUGCAGUAGCUGGAGUUAUUGGAGGUCUCCUCUUGGUAGCCUACUGGUGGCGCUUUGGAUUUGUGAUCCUCUGCAUGUUUGUUGUGGGAUUAGUGCUGGGAUUCCUUGUUGCAUCCACAGUUUUCUUCACCCCUAUAGGAAACUACAAAGUUUUCCAGGAUGAUGCUGUAUUCUGGGUCACUUUCUCUUGCAUUGCUUUGAUGGUCCCCAUCGUGUUUGUUGGCUGCCCCAGAGUUCUCAACAUCCUAACAUGUGGCCUAAUAGGAUCUUACACCAUAGUUCUGGCUACAGCCUGUUACAUAUAUGCAAGUCUGUCUUACAUUGGCAUAGAUCUGCUUCGAAGGAUUCUAAAUGAUGACUUUCGCAGAGCUUACACCAGUGUGCCCUUUCAGCCAAAUGACCUCAUCCUCCUGGCGGUUUGGGCAAUGUUAGCCAUUGGAGGGAUAACGGUACAGCUGCGCCGAGAGAGACGUGAAGCACCUUUCCCCCCACACCCCUACCGACUCUGGAAGCGUGAAAGGGAGCGCAGGGUGACAAACAUCCUGGAUCCCAGUCACCACGUCCCUCCCUUGAGAGAGAGGAUCCAGAGUAAGCUGUCCCAUAUCAAGGACUUCUUCCAAAAAGAGCAACCUGCAGGGGAAAGAACACCACUACUCUUUUAAACAGAUUUCAAGUUGGAAAGACUGGACAAAUGCUGCUGGAGACGUCUGGGAGCUAGUAGUGUUCCUCUGUUAUCUUGCCCUCCUAGACAAAAACUAGAAUGGGCUGAAGAAAGAUCCAUGCUUGCCCACCUGGAGAAGCACAAUAUUCUACUUAAUGAUCUGCUUUCAGUGUUGUAGCAGGCAGGAACUAUUUGUCUGUAUGUAGCUUGUCACAAGAAUGGAGUACAUAUAAGUGCAAUGUGUGAAGUUAUUGCAGUGGGUUGGUAGAAUGGAGAUGUAGCUCAGUGGUGAACACAGCGAUCUUCAGAAGUCCAAGAAAUAGAAAAUGGUUGUAUGAAAUACAUGCAUAGUGAGUUCUUCUCUUGUUUCAGACAUAGUAGAAAAUACUGGCUUUUUGAGGACAGGUUUAGGUUCUCAGCUGAAUGUAGGAAGGGCAUAGGAGAUAGCUGGAGAUUGACUACCAGUGGAAGAACAGCUUCUUGAUGACAUUGGCACAUUUAAAGUUACUUAUACAAGACAUGCAAUAUUGCUGCCAGCCAAUAACAGCUCUGCAUUGUUAAGCUGUGCUGAAAAAAAUUAAUUGCACCACAUUGACUUAUGAUGAUGUGGGGGAGCCACUGUGGGAGUGAUUUUCUGAGAUUUUAGGAUAUACUUUGCUAGUACUUUGGUAAUCUGAUUUUAAAGGAUGGUGGCCACUGAGGCAACAAAAAAGCAAAGAAUUGUCUCAUCUCAGAUCUGCUGCUUUUGUUAGUAAGGAACAACUAUGGAAUACAUGUUGCUGGGUUUUUUUAAUAGCAGCAGAUCAACCUUCUGUUCUUGGCCACAGCACUGAUUGUCAUUGAAAUAUUUUUCUCUGCUCUUUUUGUACAGUAUUUGAAAAAUUAAACUACUUUACAGGAA